GAGGGUCGUCUGAUAGGGAAGCAGAGUUCACAAGGAAGGUGGGGGGAUGGGAGGAGGCCAGCGUUUGAGCCCCACAUCCCCCACUUCCCCGAUCCCUCCAGGCUUGGGUUUGGAGCCCCGUGGUCCGUGGUCCGAGCUGAGCCUGGGCUCAGCGGGGCCCCCUCAGCAGAGGCCGGUGUGUGAGUGUGCGGUGUGUUAAACACUCGCCGUGACCCUCUUUCUUGCCCUGGCUGCCUCACGGAAAUGAGCUCUGGGACCGCCCGCGGAAACGCGGCAGUAAUGUGGGGUGGGGGUCCAUGACCGUGCGGGGCGGAAGGUGGUGGUCCUCAAGCGCUACAGCCUGGACCCAGCCAGGAAUGCAGCCGAGAGGAGAGGGCUCCGGUUAGCACCCCCACCUGCCCGAGGGCCCCCUCCCGCACAGCCCUUCCAGGAGGACCAACCUCAGCCUUUGGCUUUGCCCUGAGUGCCCGGGAGUCAUGCCCCAGCGCCCGACUCCUGGGCGCAGGAGCCCGGAGCAAAGAGCAGCGGUGUCUCCCCCCCUCCCAGGGGCUCAAAUAGCUUUCCCUGGAUCUACUUCCUGCCGUUGUGUUCCCAGCCUGGCCAGCUUCCCUCACUCCGUGCUUCCCUCCCCCUUCUUCCCUCCCCCUCCCCCCCUCCUUCCCUCCUUCCCUGGCUGGUGCUUGCAAGGGGAAACUACCCCGGCCCCCACUAGCCCCCCCCCCCUGCUGCUCACAGGCAGGGAGGCCAGAGGCUUCUUUUCAUUGGGCAGCAGACUCCCCAGGCCACCCUUGCUUUUGAAGACUGGGUUGUUGGUGAGGGGUGAGUGUCCCUCCGACUGGGGGGAGGGGGGGGCAGGAUGUGCAGGGAGAGGUGAGCCCCUCAAAGGAUUUGUUGUUGGGAAAAUCUCUGUCCUCCGAAGGCGGUAUCACUGGAUGUGCCUGCCCCUCAAAGUUCUGUUAUUUCAGGCACGAUCUCAUCAGCUGGGCCUGUGGCUGGUUUUUCUGGGGGAUUCUGUCCUCAAAAGGCAGACCCCUCCUCCGUGCCUCUUGGAGUGGUUACCAGCUUGUGCUCCGAAUCUGUGGUGACACAUCGCCGGCCCCUGGUCCAUGCGGGGUGUGCCAGCCUCACCGGCAUCAUCAGCACCAGGCAGCUUCAUCAAUUCUGGGUGUCGCUGCUUUUCCAGGAACAAAAUAGUCCGUGAGGGACUGUCUUCACCAGGGAGAUGCCCCUAGAAAGUAUUGGCUGCAAACUUCCUUCUAUGUGGGGACGGCACUGGGGGAGGGUCCCCAGCUGCCUCCCAGGCCUCCCCCGGACUGCAGUGAAGAGUGGGCAGCGUGGGUGGCCGGUGCUGGCCGGCCGAGACCCUCAACGCCCAGCACAGUGUCUGAGUCAUAGCAUUUAACAACGAGGUAAGUCAAGCGUGUCUGCCGGGGAAGCGUGGAGCGGGUGCAGGCACGUCCCGGACACGUGCACACCCUCACCCACUUUGCAGGCUGCCCGUGGGAAAGGCGGGGCAGCCAGCCCUCCAUGGAGGGGGAGCCCUGUGAGACCAGGCUUUCAGAUGUGUCCCCCAGAGCCUCGCCCACCUGGCGUUCAGCUGUGCCACCUGGAAGCGGGGGUGGUGGUGUGGGGAUGGUGCCCAUGCAGGAGGGCUUGCUGGCCAGGAAGGGUGGGCUCCGUGGCCCCUUACAGAGGCUCCAGCUGUGCUGUGCUGGCCACGCUACGGGAGGAGCCCCUUGUCGACACCGUGCGGGUGCCUUCUUCCCGACCAGCUGGUAGAGCAAGUAGGGGUGGGGGGCCCCGUGGAAGCAGGGAGUGGGCAGCUGGGCUUCUCCCACCUCCAUUUCCCAGAGCUGCUCCCUGGUCCUCCUCUGGGCUCUCCUGCCCCUGCUCACCGAGAGGGGACGGGUCUCAGCCGGGAACUUCCCGGCAGAGUGGCAGCACAGCCACUGACCAGCUGCCACAUGGGGUGUGCAGGGCUCCAGUGGGCGAGGCCCCUUGGCAGGGCCGCCAGCCGGUCGUCGGCACAUGAGAGGGUCUCAGCAGCGAGUGCUCUGUGGGCCUCCUUGGACACUAGCAGACAGGCCUCUGGUGGCCGCAGUUCAAGCUCUGUUCACUGAGUUGGAGCGUUGGGAUCUCGAUGUGAGGGUCUCAGGCAGCAUGGAGAAAGUUCUAGUGCUUCCUGGAAAGUGUGUCUGCCCUUCCUAGAGCAAUAGAGCAAACGUUAUAGAGGCGGACCCAUCUUAGUCUGCUUGGGCUCCAGAACACAACACGAGAGGGGCGCCUGGGUGGCUCAGGCGGUUGAGCGUCCGACUUCGGCUCAGGUCAUGAUCUCACGGUUCGUGACUUCGAGCCCCGCGUCGGGCUCUGUGCUGACAGCUCAGAGCCCGGAGGCUGCUUUGGAUUCUGUGUCUCCUUCUCUCUCUGCCCCUCCACUGCUCAUGCUCUGUCUCUCUGUCUCAAAAAUAAACGUUAAAAAAAAUUAGGAACACAACACGACAGUCUGGGGGCUUCAACAAUAGACAGUCACUUCUCUGCAGGCUGGCAUUCUGGGAUCUGGGUGCUGGUGUGAUGGCCACCUCCUGGCUUGCAGGUGGCGCCUUCUCACAGCAUCCUCACUGGUGGCAGGGGCGGGGUGCUGUCUGAGGGUCUCUUUAUAAGGGCACUAACCCCAUUCAUGGGGCUCUACCCUUAUGCCCUAAUCAUCUCCCUGUACCUGGGGGUUAGGGCUUCGACCAAUUCUGGGGACAUAAACAUAGCAAUCCCUCAGGACCAGUAACCAGGUGAGCCACGACUGAAGAGAAAGAAGGGGCUGGAAGAUGCGGUCACUCUGUGCCCCGACCCUUUCAAAGCCAAUGUCUAGUGGACAUCAAGGAAGACGCCCCAGAUGAGAACAGCGAGGCUGAUUCCUUACAGCGCUCCAUAUCGGGGGAUCCCACGACACUUGGGUGUGGCAGAGACCCAGAGGCAGGCAGGGGAGUGGGAGACUCCACAGUGGAAGGGGGCUCAGGCACCCCGCUGGGGGCUGGGGGCGGGGAGCUAGAGCAGCGGCAUCCUUGCGAUUGGGAAAGGGAACGUGCUGGCUUUCUCCGAAGGGCCCUGCCUUGGAAGGGGGGCGGGCAGUAAGUAGGAAAGCUGGUGGUUUGGGCCAGUUGUGACCGGGGUUGUCUGUGGCUCCCCGAGCCGUGUGCUGCGGGUUCUCGACCUCAGUUCCGCUGUUGUCCAUCCCGUAUCAGUCCGUGCGUCUUGAUCUUUUGCAGCCUGAGGGUGGUUUUCUUCUCCGGAGACCAGAGGCGGAUUCCCAGGGCUGGAUUCCCAGGUGGUGCCCAUGGAGUCUGGCCCUGGGGAGGGAGGCGUGGCUCUGGCCAUCCCCCCACUGAGGCCCAGUGAGAAGUUCCACCUGUUCGUGAGCUACAGCAGCGUGGACGCCACCUGGACCCACGGGCUCAUCAGCCGCCUGGAGGCGGACCUCGCGGGGCUGAAGGUCUGCCUGCACGAGCGGGACUUCACCCCGGGGAGGAAUGUGCUGGAGAACAUGGCGGAGUGUAUCCAGCAGAGCCAGAAGGUGCUGCUGGUGCUGAGCCAGGACUUCGUGCAGAGCCGGUGGUGCCUCCUGGAGGCCGACCUGUCGCUCUUCGGCUCCUGCCUGGAGAGGAAGCCGGUCAUCCCGGUCCUGCUGAGGCCCUGCCAGGUCCCGCUGCACCUCAGCCACCUGACAUACCUGGAGGCGGCAGACAGCCACUUCUACCGCAAAGUGGUGCGGCUCCUGCUCAUGCCCAACCACCGCCUGGCCCGCUCCCUGCCCGCCUGGCGCCCCGCCGCCUCCCUGUACAGCGGGAAGAGCCUCCUGACCCUGAACUGCGUCAACAGGGACAGUCUGCCCUCGUGGAAGGCGGGCACCUUCAGCACCCUGAGCGUCCCUGACCCCCUGAAGGAGGUGCUGGAGGACCCCGAGGUGUACAAGCGAGCCGUGGGCAUCCUCAACGGGGUGCGGUCCCCCAGGUCCUGCCUCCGCUACCUGGGCUGCAGGGUCACGCUGGCCGUCUUCCUGUUUCUCGUGGCCUUGGCCCUGCUCUCCCUGCCCCUGAUUAUGGGCCUCCUGGAAAACACCCCGGAUCAGCGCUUCUUCCUCAUCUCUGCCAACAUAUUUUUCUGCCCCCUCUUCUUCGUGUUAGGAGUCAACACCCUGUGCUGGUUCAGGAGGUUCUCUAAGAAGAUGAUGCAGGAAGUGGUGCUCAGGGUGGGGGAGGCCAACCUCCUGCUGGCGCCCCACUCGCUGCUGAUGGGCUGCGACACCAUGAACAAGCUGCACUUCGUGUACGUGCUGCUGGGCGACUGCAGGCGGGUCUUCCUGGAGGCCGCGGAGGGCGAGGCCCUGUUCCGGGAGGCCCUGCUGCGCUUCUCCUGCAGCUACGCCUGCUGCGUGGCGCACGCGUACUUCCCCGCCUGCAACGAGGCGCACAGAGCCCGCGGCCACCUAGAGCUGGGCCUGUGCUUCUGCCAGUUCGUGUCCUUGCAGCUGCAGACGCACCAGGGGCGUGAGGUUAACCCCGUGUGACGCCAGCGCCGUCGGACGUCUGGACGCCCCUCAGCUGGCCCUGCGGACCAGGCCUCAAUGAGGUGCGUAGGGGACCCUCCCCUGUGGCCAAGACCUUCGCCCGCAGGCCCCACACCAGCCGGAGGACCCCGCAGCCUGCUCUGAAGGCAGAUAGGGGCUGGGGAGAGCGGCAGGCUGGCCUGUGACCCCAGGUGUCCUCAGGACGUGGCCUGCUCCUCCGAGGAAAUGCUCACUGUCUCUCUCUGGACGGCUCGUUGGCGUCCAGGGGCCGGGACAGAACCCGAUGGCUCGUUGUGGCCCCGCCCUGAGCAGCCCUUCCAGGCACCUGCCCCUCAGACUGGAGCAUG